AUGUCAGAGUACAAGAUAGGUGAGGACAGGAUCUACGAGCAAAUCAGCAGGCCAAAUGUCUACUACAGGUGGACCAUCAGCAACUUCCAUUUUUUUCUGGAGGAAAUGCGGGAACACUUUACAAGCACAAAUUUUUCAACAGGAGGCAAUGACAAAUGGUGUUUGAGAGUACACACUAAAGGGACCUACAAAGAAAACACAGAUUACUUGUCAGUUUACCUAGUGUUGCUCAGCUGUCCAAAGAGUCACGUUUGGGCAAAGUUCCACCUAUGGAUCUUAAGUGCUGAAGGAGAGAUAGUCCUUGGAAUGAGGGCAGGAAGUGCCAUUAAGUUCCUGCCAGGCUAUGAAUGGGGAUUCAAAAGGUUCAUCCUUCAAGAUUUCCUCAUGGACCAUGUGAAUUGGCUUCUCCCUGAAGGCAAGCUCACCCUCUUCUGGAAGGUGACUGUGUUUCAAGACUCCUUCAGUAUCUGUGACCAGACCAGGAAGUCAGGGAUCCAGAUUCCAAGGUGCACGAUGGCAGAUGAGCUAGGAGAGCUGUGGGAGAAUUCCCUCUUCACAGACUGCUGCCUGGUGGUAGCUGGCCAGGAAUUCCAGGCUCACAAGGCCAUCUUAGCAGCUCGCUCUCCAGUUUUCAGAACCAUGUUUGAACAUGACAUGGAGGAGAGCAGAACAAACCGCGUUGAGAUACACGAUCUGGAGCCCCAUGGCUUCAAGGCAAUAAUGGGUUUCAUUUACACUGGGAAGGCACCAGAUCUUCACAGCAUGGCCAACACUCUGCUGGCAGCUGCUGACAAGUAUGGCCUGGAGGGUUUGAAGAUUUUUUGUGAGGAAACCCUCUGUAAGGACCUCUCUGUGGAGACUGCUGACACUCUCAUCUUGGCUGACCUCCACCAUGCAGGGAUACUGAAAACCCAGGCAAUGGAUUUCAUUACAUCUCAUGCUUCUGAGGUCUCUCAGACCUCAUGCUGGAAGAGAAUGCUGGGCUCGUAUCCCCACUUGGAGUCUGAAGCAUACAGGUCUCUGGCUUCUGCUCACCAUUCUUCACUGGAGCCCCCUUCCAAACAUCUGAAGCAAUAUUUGGGUCUUCUCAGUUGUCUCCUAGAGAUGUCUUCUAGCACUGUAAGCUACUGUUGUUACCAAGGACACCUGGGUAGACUGUGA